AUUUGUGAAGGGGAGAGAAAGUGCAGUUUGUAUUUUUCUAAGUGAGAGCCAGGCCGGCAGCAGCAGGACGCUCUCACAGCCUGAGAAUCCUGUGGUCGCACGAGUCCGACGCUUUUUCAGAAGAGAAACGAACGACGUCCACCGCUCCCACCGUCCUAAAGACAAACUCCACCUGGACAGCAACAACAAUGAGAACUCCGUCCCCAAAGACUUCGACUCCAUCGACAGCAACAGCAACCUCGCUGCACGCUCGCAGCGCCAGCGAGCGCUGGUCGGAAACGGCAAACAUAAGAUGGACAAAGUGCAGAGCAUGCUGGGAAAAUCUGCCAACGACGUCCUCAAGUUGCCUCCGAUCCAACGCAGAGGGAUCGGGCCCGGUCGCAACCACACCCACGUCCAUAAACCCCACCCCCAGACGCAGACGCUCCCGGCACCGGUCCGGGGGUCCGAUCAGGAUCCGGCGCUCCUCCGGGCGAAGACGAUGAUCCAGACGAACCUGGAGCCGAGGAAGGAGCAGCCGCAGUGUGAGGUCAGCGGGAAGGAAGCCAUCUCCGCUCUGUCCCGAGCCAAGAGCCGCGGCUGUCGUCAGCAGAUCGUGGAGGUUUACUGCAAACACAAGGAGCGAGCGCUGAUGCCCGAGAGAGUGCCUCGCUACUGCCCCCUGGAAGGGAAGGCUAACGUGAACGUGCAGUGGGACAACAACCUCGCGGACGCUGCGCAGCUCGAGCGCGUGCGGAUCGCCUUCGUCCUGGUCGUCCACGGCCGAGCCUCGCGUCAGUUCCAGCGUCUCUUCAAAGCCAUCUACCACACCUCACACUACUACUACAUCCACGUGGACCAGAGGUCCGACUACCUCCACAGAGAGGUCCUCUCUCUGGCCGCACGGUAUCCUAAUGUCCGCAUCACCCCGUGGCGGAUGUCCACCAUCUGGGGCGGAGCCAGCCUGUUGACCAUGUACCUGCGCAGCAUGGAGGACCUCCUCAAAAUGACCGACUGGUCCUGGGACUUCUUCAUCAACCUGAGCGGUGCUGAUUACCCGAUCAG